AUGACUUCUUCGACAAAUAGCGAGGAAUUCUACGGCAGUGGCAGUCAUGCCAAAUCGCAGCUGAACACUGUGAAGCGUUACCCUGGCCGCGGUAAAUAUGACUAUCAACAAGUUUAUCCUAUUGUCGACCAAGCUCCUAUCCUCCAUGUAGCUUUCCAGCCGUCCACGAAUGAUGAAGGGCCCACGUUUCCCGUCAUACUUCCUAUGCUGGGCUGCAUGGGAUCUUUUGGGUCUUCUGCUGCUAUUGAGAGCGUUUCGCCGCCCGACUUGUACCUGCACGGCUACGUUUCUGCUCGUAUGAUGCGGCUCUCGCGCAGCGCUACCGCCGAAGACCCUUCCGGAAUGCCCGUCUGCGUGUCUGCCACGCUGAUGGACGGUAUAGUGCUUGCAUUGACACCCAACCACCACAGCUGUAACUAUCGAUCAGCAGUGAUUUUCGGACACGCAUCAAUCGUUGACGACGAAGCCGAACGGCUUUUUGCAAUGGAGCUGAUCACCAACAAUCUUGUUCCUGAACGUUGGCAGCAUACGAGAUAUCCUAAUGGUGCAGAGCUAAAAAGCACGGGAAUCUUAAAGGUCACAAUUCAUUCUGCGAGCGCGAAAGUGAGGACGGGGAGCACCGGGGAGGCGCGGGAGGAUCUGAAGAACGAGGAAAUGAGGAAGACAGUCUGGUCAGGCGUCGUGCCUAGUCGAACAGUGUAUGAUGAACCAAUACCCGCGUCGACAAACAUGCACAAGGGCACUCCACCAUAUAUCGCGCAGUGGGUGGAAGAUUUCAAUGCAGUCGGGAAAAUCUACGCAGCACAAGCGGGCAGGCCAGUCAACUAG